AUGUCGGCUACUCCGGAAAAAAAAGUGGAUGAAUUUGGUGACAGCUACAAGCGCAGCCAAAAUGAAGUUCUGUUCAACACUAGGGAGGCCGUUCUGAAGGAGGCUGGCGAGCACUCGGUCAACGUCCGCCUUGCCAACCCCCUCUUGGGUCUUCCUUUUGAAAAGAUUGAUGCGGAUGUGUCCGACUUUGCUGCUACGCAUGGCCUCGAAGAAUACCGCGAAGUCCUGCUCAAGGGCGCGCUGUGCGCCCAGGCGCAGGCCUCGGGCGACUACGAGUCGAUUACGCUCCUCACCGAGGAGGACCGUGCCGCUCUGCGCCACGAGAAGGAGCACCGCUGGUCGCAGCCCUUCACGCUCUACUGGCUCGCGAUCUGCUGCAGUGUCGCUGCUGCCGUACAGGGUGCCGACGAGUCGGUCAUCAACGGUGCGCUGCUCUUCUUCCCGGUUCAGUUUGGUAUUGGCUGUUCCAAGGGCAGCAAUGAUCCACUCUGCACCCCUGAUAAAAUCGAGCGUGACCAGUGGCUCGGUGUUACCAACUCGUGGAGACACAUGUUCAUUGCUCGUCUUGUUCUCGGUCUUGGUAUCGGCCCCAAGUCGGCUACGGUUCCCAUGUUUGCGGCUGAGGUUCCUCACAUCACUGGUCUGAACUGGCGCCUGAUGAUGGGAAGUGCUGCUAUCCCUGCCCUUUUCGUCAUGGUUCAAGUGAUGUUCUGCCCCGAGUCGCCCCGUUGGCUCAUGAAGAAGGGCAAGUACCAGCAGGCUAUGCAGUCGUUCCUGCGCCUUCGCAACACGCCGCUGCUUGCUGCUCGUGACCUCUACUUUGCCCACUGCAUGCUGCAGGAGGAGGAGAAGAUCCGCCGUUCUAAGGGUCCUUUCCCCUUCUUGGAGCUGUUCACUGUCCCCCGUAACCUGCGUGCCACGAUCGGUGCUACGAUUGUCAUGUUCGGCCAGCAGUUCUGUGGUGUGAAUGUCAUUGCCUACUACUCGAGCUCCAUCAUCAAAAAUGUGGCUAACGCUUCUGACAUCAACGCCCUGCUCGGUAGCUGGGGCUUCGGUAUGCUCAACUUCCUCUUUGCCAUUCCUGCCUGGUACACGAUUGACACGUUCGGUCGCCGCAAUCUUCUGCUGGUUACGCUUCCAUUCAUGGCCAUUUUUCUUCUGAUUACUGGGUUUGCCUUCUGGAUUCCGAGCGAACAGACUGAUGCCAAGCUUGGCGUGGUGCUGAUGGGCAUUUACGCUUACGCUUGCUUCUACUCGCCCGGUUUUGGUCCCGUUCCGUUCACCUACGCAGCCGAGGCCUUCCCCCUCUACAUCCGUGAGCUUGGUAUGACGUACUCGACGGUCGUACUGUGGUUCUUCAACUCGGUGCUUGCCAUUACCUGGUUCCGUAUGGAGGAGGUGUUCAAGCCCCAAGGUGCCUUUGGCUGGUACGCCGCUUGGUGUGUAAUUCUGUGGAUCCUCACCUUCUUCCUUCUCCCCGAGACCAAGGCCCUCACUCUGGAGGAGCUCGACAUUGUGUUCAGUGUGCCGACCAAGAAGCACGCCAGCUACCAAUUCCGCCAGAUUCCCUACUAUAUCAAGCGCAACAUCCUCUUCCAGAAAGGCGCCAAGAAGGAGCAGCUGUACACCCUGGAGGACAGCGUGAACCGUGCUUAA